ACCAUUUCAGUUUAAUCACUGGACAACACUGCAUUUUCAUUUUCAGCGCAAAUAAAUAAACUUUUUAAGUACGAACUUAAAACGAGUUUCCAGAAAUAUUAAGCAGUCUUGGCUUAGUCUGUGUAGCAGUUAAGAUGUUGCAGGACCUCCUCCCCUUCGCGCUGUAUCAGUGGGGGCGUCUUCACUUAUACCGAAGAAAUGGAUAUGGUGCAAAAGAAUCAGAAAAUCUGUUACGAAACGACUCAAUUCCCUGGCGUGGAUUGGAAAAUCUCAAAAUCCUUCGAAAUGGAACGUUAUCAUCUUUUACGGAUAAAGCGAUCGUCUCCAUUCAUCCCAUCCGAUCCACUCCCACCGCAUCCGACCCUAAUUCUCUCGUCCUUCUCAACCUCCGCGACAACGAGGUUUCGAAAAUAUCCAAUACGACCUUGACCUUUCUCCACCUUUCUGCAGAUUCCGACCCCACGGAGCUUACCGUGGGAAAUGAUGAGCUUGAUGGGGACUUCUCCCUCCUCUACGCAUCCGACAUGGACCCGACUUCUGGCAGUGUGACCCUCCUUCUCAAGGCAGAACUUGCCAUCUUCUUCUACACUUAUGCGAAAUCUGACCCAAACACCAUUUCAUAUUUGGCGGCGGAUUAUAUAUUUUCGAGAAACAAAUACCAUGACAAUGACCCCAACUAUCUCAUGGUUGCCGACAAGUUCACUUCUCAACCCGAUUGGGUGGCCCUGUUUGCCAGGAUCCCAAACGCCUCGGGUUCUGGAAACAAAAUAGAAAUCUACGCCCUCUGUCAAGCUAUUAACCCGAAAAGCGAUUAUCAAUUUUGUGACCCAGGCGAGGGCGGGGUUACGAUUCCACCCGCGCUGUAUGAAACCUUCGCCGUUUGGACGACCCGAGCGGGAUCAGCAUGGCCAGGCUUGUUGUGGGGCAUGGAUGGCGAGAAUUCUCUGGUCGGGUACAAUUUAGAUGUAGACCCGACUCCGAUGGUUAUGGUGGAAAAGGAGCGAAUCACACUUCCGGUGGGGAUCACUUCGAACGUUACCCGGGUAGAAUUGAUGGCUGUGGACGAUAAGGUGGACUAUUUACUCGUCCAUUUGGGGGAUGCGGGGGACGUUCUUGCCUUUAAAAGUGAAGGAGGACAGAAAUUUGUACCGGAGUUGGUACUAUUUGGUGGAGAUAAUGGCGGUGAUUCUGAACUUUUGACGGAAGCGGGGGAGACUUUGAUCUCUGCAUCGAAAGGACCGCUAAUCACUCAGACUGAUCUGGCCCCGCCGUUCUCCCUGAAAUCAACACAUCCCGCUCAAUUUAUUUGGAAAGGUUCUCCCCUCGCCCGUGUCCACUCAAUCCCGCUUUCGGGCAAGGACGGACCCGUGGUCAUUCUCGGAAACUCAGAGGAAGGCGGGGUCAAUUGGGUCGUCGCGCAGCCGGAAACCGUGGGUCGGUCGCCCUACAUUCCAUCUCUGAGGGAAUCACUGUCUUACAUCGCCCCAUCGAACCUGACCUUGCCCCACUUACCCUUCCCAUCUUUCCGCCGCAUUAUCGAGACCAAUCCAACCACUCCCUCGAUUAUCGCCCCCAUUCCAUCAUCCACCUUCAUCAAUGCGCUCAACAUCCAAAAGGGAAAAGUGGAACUGAGUCUCAUGCUCAUUCCGGAGAUUGGAUUCCGUGUGGAUUAUUCCGGCGGAGCGAUGCGUCCCCCCAAAAAAUCGAUGGACGUCCCCCUGAUCGGGGAAGGCGGGUGGAACUCGAGACGACCAACUUGGAUAGGCAUGGAUCCCGGGAGUGGUGCGUCACGUUGGGAUGCGUCCUACUUUCUGAUUCUCAACUAUAAAGUGUACCCUCUCAAGGAAACGACGGUUUGGGACGAUUAUUCAGAAGAUACGGAUCCCACCAAGGUCACGCGGACGUUCGUGGUCAAACCUUCCAAGACAAAAGAUCAGCCAGACGACCAUGUCAUCACGUAUCGCGAAGAUUCCCAGACCUGGGUCGUCGUUUCCAGGGAUAAAACAAAUCUUCAAUUCGGCGGGACCGGUGCGGUAAGAAAUGGAUGGAACAGCGGUCAGUGGAAUCUCGAUUGGACCCCGAGAACUAUGGAGUGGGCCUUGAUAAAAUCCAGCGUUAUUGACCCGGACGAAACAGGAAACACGAUCACGUCGUCAUUCACCUACACCGAAGUCACCGGAUUUAUGGAUAAUAAUGCCUCCGAGGGGGAGGAGGGCUUAGGACCGCGUCCUUACACGAAGGCACUCCUCCCUGCCACGUUCUCCUCGAGCAACGGGGGCACGGUGAACUGGACCUGGGACACAACUCCGGGACAGGAACGAUUACAAAGUUUCCAGCUAAACUUGAGCGGAAGGCGUCAAUCUGUCCAAUUCCAUUACGACCCAAAUAAGGCCAUGUUGUCACAGAUUUCUCAAAUUUUUGAAGACCCUCAAAAUCCAACAACGUUACUCGAAUUCGGUUACGACACGGAGCACUAUGAGCUGAUUAACAGCAUCAAUAUUCCAGAACGAGGCCUCCAACUGCGGUACAGUUAUGAAAAGCUGCAAUAUGCAAAAGAGGACGAGAAGGUUGUAAUGAAAAUCAACGCAAUAAAUGGAGCAGCACCUGCGACGGCGCAUGGCGUUGGGAUGUCCUAUUUCGACAAUGGGGCAAGUUUAAUCGCAUGGAAUGCGGGAGAUGGCACGUGGACUGAUCUUUCACAGCUGGUGGAGGAUGACGAUAAUCAAUUUCUCAAUUAUGCCGCUUACACGGUCACACUUGCCGCCAAAGAUAACUGCGUCUUCCGCCUGAUCACGGGGGCCCAGGAUUUCAUCUCGGUCUGGUGCGUCAUCCCGACAGAUCCCAGUCCGUGGAGUUUCAAAAUGAAGAAACAACUCCCAUCACAAAAUCGGGCGACUCUGCUCCCUUCCGGUUUGUUAGCUCUACUUUAUUACGGGAACGUUCCCACGCUACAGCUGGAAGAGUGGAAAGAGGGCGACACUCCCGACAAAUCGGAUUUCGUAAUCCUAACCACAGUCAACAUGGGCGGUGAUUCACUUCCUGAUGCAAAAAAGGUCACUAUUCUCGACGAUCGAGUAGUUUGGCAGACUACGGACCGGAUUUCUUGGGUGGUCCGAGGAUUAGGCGGGAAGUGGUGGACAUCCCCGAAAUAUUUAGACGCUUUUCCCACAUUACAAAGUUGCUCGGACUUCUUCGCAUCCAAAUUUGACUUGGGGCCGAAAGGGGAGUCGAAAUUCCGAGACGCUUUCGACCCCUACAGACUACAAGUUGAUGGCCAGGCGAGGGGAAUUUUCCAAAUGGGCUGCUACCUCUCCGACCCGGCCAAGAAUGUGAUGACGUCUUCGGGACAGAUAUACGAAUUGACCUCGGCAGGACAGCUGGUACAGGGCCAAAGUUUCCAACAGGGUUUCGAAACGCUUACGGACAUUAACAUAUCUAAAAAUGCCACAUUGGACGAUGGAACACCGAUCACGAUCCACUUUAAAUAUUCCCCACCAGACAAAGACCAUCAACGGUAUCUCAUCAGCAUCGAGAUCGAUGAUCAUUCUGAUUUGAAUAUAAACGCGACCCGUCAAUUUCGCGAGGAUAACGAUAAACACGACGACAGAUCCAUUUUGUUCAAACCGGGGGAGAGGCUUUUGUACCUUCUUCCACAAGGAAGACUUGCCAUCGGGGGGCCGAACAAGACGGAAGAGAUGCACGUAUGGGUACCCGAAGAGAGGAUUUUGUCGACAAGGGACGAUCCAAGGACGUGGGACAAGCAGAUGCUGAGUGAUCAGGCAGGAAAAAAAUUCGAUUUAAUAUUGAGCAAUAAUUUUGAAAUUAAACGAACCGAUGAAAAUGGACCAAUUCAAUUGUUCAACGGAGCAAAAACGCUAUUCGAUUUUGGGAAGAAUGCAUCCCAACUUAUGAACCAAUACCCGGGUUACCUGGUCUCUACCCAAUCAGAUCCCGCCGUCGUGCUGUACACCCACCGAAUUGGCGGGACCGAUGUCGAGGUCGUCGAGGAAGACGGAAUUCGACGUUACGUUGAAGGAAAGUAUCUUCACGCACAAUCUUCUUCGCAGUUCCUCGUUUCAAAGUUGGCUUCUGGAGACCAGACAAAGAUCGAGUGGACGGGUUGGUUGCCAUGGAAACCGACCGUGGUCGUGAGCCGGAUGGAAAUUCAGGGUGGACCAGAACAAGAUGUGCGGGUGACGAGGCUGGAGUACACCGCGGGACAGUUGACCGCUGACAGGGACGUCGUUUGGAGUAAUGUCACCAUGAUUAAGGGCAACUCUGCCAAAGAGUCGUCGGGAUGGACCGUGUUCACCUUUGAUCAGUACAAAUUUAAUGCGACGUCGGGAUAUGUGCGACAACUGUACGACGGGGAUGGAAAUUGGCUCAAGCAGAUGGAACAGAACAAAAACGAUACACAAAACGGUACUAGCACGACCCAAAAAUUGUGGGAUAAGACGGGUUCCUUCCCAAUUACGACGCUAAUUCCGUUUAAUUCUACCGAAUGUCAAAUUGGAUACGUUGCAUUUCAGCCGUAUGAAAGUUGGGGUGGUGAUUGUGGGUGGCAGUUCAACAACGCUUCCGUUAUUAAUUCCGACGAUGCUGAAACCGAUGCCAGCCUAAUUUCUGGGAAUCAUUAUCUCAGUUUGACCCAUCCCGGUGAAGCGCUAACCUUUGAUGUCCCGCUGGUCAAGGGACGAUCUUACUUGGCGGGAUGUUGGGCGAGGUCGAAGGCACUUCAAGGAGAAAACUCCUCUUUGGAAAGUCCCAUUCUAACCGCCUGGGUCGAUGAUCAAGGUCUCGGUUUCAUGUCGAAAGUCGUCUUCACCCGAAGCACGUGGAACUAUCUGCAGGUCAAGGUCAUCGCAGAGGAACUCCUUCCCUUGUGGGAAACCUUGCUCAACAAAAAAAUCGACAUCGACAAGGCCAACUUGACCCUGAAGUUCCGUAUCGAACCGAGUGACCCUGACUUUGGCGUUGAUGUCGAUUCGUGUCUCGUCGCCCCAUUGUCGUGGAACUCGGAGAUUGCUGUUUUUGACGCAAAAAUGACCCGAGUGUCGGAAAAGGUUUUGGGCGUGUCGGGGUUGGUGGUGAGUUACGUGUACGACGACUUUCUCCUCAGUGGAGAAGCGGUCGUAACCACAGAUCCGAUGGGCAGAGUGACUCGGAUGCAAUUUAACGUUGACGGCGGUAAAACUGGCGGACCUUCUGUUUUAUUGGUUGAAUCGAUGGAUAUGCCAGGCUGGAUCCACUCUUAUGGGACUAAUACGGUCCCAUCCGGUCAAACGUUUGGACGCUACGGUCUGCUGCACAGUAGCGAUGACGAAUCUAGUAUCGAUAUCUUUAAAGAUGGUACUCUUCCGCCGGACAGAUUCAUGCUGCGUUUUGCUUACCACUUGGCCGAACCGAAAUGUAGUCUGACGCUUAAUAUGCAAGGGCGGCUAAUCACUCUGGAGAGGAAAGGGGAUUCAUUUUCUUCGGUUAUUAGAUCCCCUAGCGGAGAAGAAAAGAAGAUACCUCAAAUUGGAACAAUACUCAUUGGCUCGCUUCCAGAAAACCGCAUCUUUGUAUUCUCUAGCGAUUCUGGUGUUUUAUUCGAAACCGACAUUGGUCCUGCCACCAAAGCUACUUUAUCACUUCAAAUGUCCCACACCGUUGCGAUCAACCAUGUCAUCAUCCUGCCUAAUCCUUCCUUCACUCUGUCGCAUUUAUCCCCACUCGGCGAAGAAUUGCAAACUGCGGUGAUUCUAGAUGAUGGAAUUCUGCUGAAAGAAACUUUAUACGACGAACAGGGCCGUGCAGUUGCUGCAACUACGUCAACCCAUCUUCCAUGGUCAACGGGUGACAUGCUCCUCACCUACCGAUCGGGUUGGGUGACCGAUUUCUCCCUGCAAAGUCAAACCAUGGCGGGACAAGUGGUCGACCUCAAUCCAUCCUCUCGCGGCGUCCCCUUCACGUCAAUCAUUUUCGGAAAUACUCCUCCCGGGUUGAACGAGUGGGUCGGAGAGGGUCGACCCGGUGCAGACUUCUCAGCCAAAAGCGGUUACGCCAUUUCAUAUUCGAAGGAGGGCGAUCCCGGCGCAGAAGUCUUGUUUCCCCCCCAAACAGGAUUUUACUACAAGACCAAAGUUGAACCGGGUGGAUUCCGACAAAUCUCCGUGUUUUCGGAAAGUCUUCGAAACAUCGUUGAGGGAAACCGGGAAGUUGUUGUAGCCACGAUUACUCGAUCUCCGGGAGGGUGGACGACGUUGGUGACAAAUAAUUUCGACGAGAAGGGUCGCCUGAUCGCUACUCUGCCACCGAUGUAUCAUUUCCAACAAAUGACGCUACUCAAGGGAAAAACUUGGGCGGAAAUUGGGUACGAUCGUAGGAAUGCUCCGUUUGGAAUUUUUUAUGAUUACGACGAUAAGGACAAGCUUAUUCGAAAAGUGACGCCCGAACUUGGUGUGAGCGACAACAUCUAUGACGCCAACGGAAAAGCCGCCUUCGUCAUGAGGAAAACGACCGAAGAUGACGACACUGCCGGAAAUUUGCAACGCGUCGUCUACUUCGACUACGGUGAUGGUGCCAGAGUAAGCGAAUUUGGAGUACUGCAAGGCUGCAGCCCAUCCGGCAAAAAUUUCACGGGAGGAGUCAAGCAGCCCUCGAAGCAGUUGAAGUAUUUGGGUUCCGUAAAUGGGGCCUUAUCAACCACAGAUUUCGUUUUCAACUAUUCUCCCCCGGAAGUUGGAGAAGCACCCUACGUCCAAAUGAUUGAAAAUCACCUUCUCAACAAACUCCCCUCCAGCGAGACUCACCUUUCCUGGAAAUCCUCCAACGAUUCCUCACCCCUUCUGACACCCACCGUUCGAUACACGUACACGCCAAAAGGUGACAAACUCCUCAAAAUUCACUACGCCACUCAAGCAACGACACUCGUCUAUUCGUACAACGCUCUCGGCUUCAUGGACAAAGUGUUCCUCGUGCGGGACGACACAGAACCCGCCUUGCUCGCGAAUUUCGAAUACUCGGCGUCAACCGGAGGAGUUGCGAUUGAACGGAUUUUCCAUACCGCAGAACCGCCAUCCAAGAGUCUCGAGGUGCCCCCAUUGACGACAAACAUUGAAUACAACUCUCCCGGGUAUCCGACCUCUUGGGAAAAUGCAUUCUUUAAGGAAGAAAUCAGUUAUACGCAUCCAGGUUAUGGCGACGUGCCGAUGGGACAGCCCGCUUAUCCGACCGCGUUAACUUGGACGGGCACAUGGGGACCCGCUAAAACGGUUACCCCUGAACGUAUUGCUCAAAGUACUGGAUUAAAAUUAUCCUCCGCCACCAGGUGUCAUACGGCUCUGAUUGCGGCGAGAUAUUUGGACAUCGAAGGCUACAUCCUGCGACGCUUUGUUCCGGUCCUUGACGUAGAAAAUUUGCCAAUCAUAUGCAACUUUGGAGAGUAUGCUUGGGGCAUUGAAAAAUUAAUGGGGUCCGUAACGUCACUCCGUGGUUACGGCUACUCAUUUCAGUACGGAAACUACAAGGAACUAUUAAAAGCGAAGUUUUAUGACCCACGUGACGUUACUGAGCGUCCCUACUGCACAAUUCCUCUAACGCUGACCACACUGAAAAAUGCUUUAGACAAACCGCAAGAUACGGUUAAGAAUCUUUGGAAGCAGCUUGGCGAUAAAAAGUACAUUUUAGAAGAUUCCGACAAAGGUCGCAGCGGUAUUAGCCAUGGCGAAGCUGGAGAUUCUCUUUUAAAUGGUGUUCAAAUGACGGCUGAUCUUAGCAAUCUGAUCCCAGGCGAAACACUUUUUGAAUAUGCCGAGCCGAUUGGGCGUGUCCUUGGAACCCGGAUUGGAAAAACGUUUGGAAAGAACGAAUUUUCCGACAUGUUUGUCAAAUGGCAGGAAAAUCUUAGCAAUCAAACGGAUGUGAUAGUUGACACGAUUUGGUCAAUGUUUAGUAAACAAGGCUAUCUCGAUGCCAAUGGCGCAGUCACGAGCAAAGUUCUUGACGCUGGGUUCAGCUCAAUCGUCUCCAGUAUUCAGAAUCUCGACGUUUCCUCCGUAUUCAAAACCCUGCUCGACUUUUUCCUUUGCGGCGUCAACACAUCCGCGCAGGACAUGCAAGUCUACCAAAGUGACAUGCAUGGAAACAUGGAGCUCUUCUAUAACGGUCAAGACCGCCUAAAUUUUACCUACAAGGCGGGAACCAAUCAAAUUUUGGGCUCGGUCUUAACCCUCCCGAGCGGGGAGAAUGAAUCCAGAACAUACACCCACGAUAUCAAUGGCAACUUGAACUCUAUUUCGCAAGAUGGAGCUGUUCUCCUCAACCUGACCUAUGACCCGCUGACCAAUCGUCCCACCCUUGUCAAGUUAUUGGACGGAACUGAACUCCGAUUUGCAUAUGAUUACAAAGGAGAACGUGUCUUCAAGAAGGUGUUCGACAAAAAUGGGCAGCUCGUCAAGGAGAUUCGAUACCUAGGUCGUGACCUGGACAGAAAAGUGCUGACGGAUCAAGUGUUGACAUAUUCGUCUCCAACUUUGCCGCCUAAGGUGGUUACGACAUCCUACUUUUACGGGCCUCGAGGCCUGUUUGGGUUUCUGAGGGAUGGAACCUACUACACCGUUCUCGUUGAUCGGAUUGGAUCACCGCGAUUAAUAUUGCGAAAUGGGGAGGUCGUUGACGGUUUCAAUUAUCUGCCGUAUGGGAAGGUUUCGUCCACGUGGAAACUUGGGAAUGUCGGAAAUCAUGGAACUGAUCCAAUACUGCGCUACCUAUUUACAGGCCAAGAACUAGACGAGGAGACGGGCCUUUACAACUUUCACUACCGCAUGUACGACCCCACCUUGGGCCGCUUCUACCAAGUUGACCCCGAUGAGCAGUACUUCAGCCCGUACAAAUAUGCCGGGAACAGUCCAAUCCUCAUGGUGGAUCCCGAUGGCCGAUUUGGGUUCCUCAUUUUCUUCAUCGCUGUUGGCUUAGGCCUACUCUUCGGCUAUCUUGGGAUGGCGGCAGCCAACGGGACGUGGGACCCUACCAAGUGGCACUGGGACAAAUGGCAAACCUGGGUUGCCGGAAUUAUUGGAUUUGUGUCCGGGUUCUUGUUGCCGUACGGUUUUGUAGGGACUGCUGAAGCAUUGGUAGGCUAUCUUGGAAUUAGUAGUGAAGCAGCGGUAGUCCUGACUAUAGGGUUGGGUGUGGGGGGAGCGUAUUUGUCGGCGGCAGCAAAUUUUAAUGACUUCAACCCGGCCCACUGGGACUGGUCGUCGCCUGGGGCUUGGAACGCCCUUUUCAACGGCUUCGCUUUUGGAAGCAACAUCGUUGGAGGGGUCAAGGAGGUGUUUGUGUUCUAUGAUAAACUCGAUUCUGUAGCCAUGAAGGCUUUGCUUAUCGGCGGAUCCACUUUUACCGGAGCAGGACUGGGAUAUAUUUCUGGAGUUAUGGCUAAUCAACUCGAGGAUGGCAGUUUUCAAUGGAAUCCUGCCAAGUGGAAUGUGAACGGGGCUACUUUUUUCGCAGUUGUUACGGGCGGCCUUGGUGGUGCCACCCUACCGGUUGGACUCAUAGGGUUGAAAGAUGCGCUUUUUGGGUCGCCUAAGGAGGCAGUCCCUUUCGCGGACGAAGGACAAGAACUAAUGGAAAUGUCUUCCGUUCGACAUGGAAGUAUAAGCAGCAUGGACACCGUUACUAUGGUCUUCGACGAUUCCGCGAGUCUCUUUUCAGAGGGAAUCGAGGCUCUUCAAGACACCGUGAGAAAUGACGACGCCUUCAUCGACAACUCGUUCAAUCUGCCAUACAACACGAAUAACGAUGUGGCAAAUUUUGUGAGAAACACCGAUAGAAAUCUGCCCCUGAUUACUUUCAUUGUAGAAAAUCUCAACAUGAACUUGGAUAAUUUAAUUAGACACCUCGGUCCUAAACGAGCGAGAUCUUUGAGAUUAAAUGCUCCUAUAAAUUUCACAGAGCCAGCGAUUCUGGUUUUUCUGGCCAACAAUGACUACAUAGUGUUGGAAGGGGUUGGAAAGGGUUUCCACCCGGAUGGAGGCGUUUAUCUCUUUAACUCGACGUCAAAUCCUGACCUUUUUAACAUGCUGGCAGAGUCAACAGGACAAGUGGGUACAAUUCCGGUGGGUAAUUUAACCGUGGAUAUUGCAAACUUUUUAAGUUUACGGAAUGCUGCUGCGAUAACUACAUUUAUGACUACCUGGGGCAAUGCGGUGAGGUCAGAGUUAGUUAAAAUUGCUGGGGUAGAGCCAUCUCUGGACAGUGCGGCGUUCCAAGAAGAAGUCGUGAGAAGACUUAUGCACGCAAUAAAUAGCCAGCCAAAACUGGAUCUGAGCAAGAAUGAAGUUGUUAACUGGGUUGUUAUGACCGCGAUGGAGGGAUCUUUGCGGGACGUUUUGCUAAAUCCGAUUAAAGAGAAGGACGAUAAUGCUAGCGACCAAUUAGUUGACGUACUGGGUCGAAUGGGACAGCUCGUGGCAGGGUCAAACAUUGUGCAGAUUAUUGCUUCAAACCAGACGCCAAAUUAUACCGAUGUUAUGCUUCCGCUUUCUGAACGAUGGGAUAUUCCCACCAGUUGCGUACAAUCGGGCGAGAUUUGUGUAAACGGGCCACCGCAAGUAGAGGUCGGUAGCGUCCCGUUUCUAACUUCUUUCAAGGCCAAACCUGAAAAUCACAUUGUUCCCAAUUCCAUCCUCUCCAACGACGGCCUUGUCCGGGGGAUGAAUAUUUUGGACAUGGUUGACUUUACAAACGUGUCUCACGUGGAUCCCCUUCUUGAAAAGUUGACCAGUUUUGACGGACUUGAUGGCUUCUGCUACUUUAAUAACGCAACUUCUUGUCCGAAUAAGGAAAACUUGGGUAACGAUUCGUUUGAAAAUGAGAUUUUUGUUAGAAAUCGAGUAAGACGUGCAGCACGGGAAGAAUCUGCUACGUCCAGUAGCUCCAGUCUCCAUGGUUCAAACAUGAUAACUCGAAGUGUUAAAUUGAUUCGGGGACUUUGGGACAGGAUCAGCCCAGUCAAGCCUAAAACGGAUAAGUCUCACCCUACGCAAUCGGAUAUCUUACACAGUAAAACGAGGUCACAAAACCAAGCUGGGUCACCUUCUAUGUGGAAAAAAUGUGUCCCUUGGGCGCACGACGGGCUCGGCUACGUCGACGGAUUCACCUGCAUGGGCAACAAAGGUGUGGUCUCGGUCGUCCCACUUUCACACGAGGCAUUGGAAACCAAUCCAACCUCGUUGAUGACCACCGAUUAUGGCGACACGUAUCGAGACUGUACUUUCUACAGGGACCCGACCCGACCGUUUGGUUCGGCCCAUUGCACAGGCAACAAAAGCGAAAUGCAUUACACAUCUUGGAUGGAACAAAGACCGUUUGAUCACUUGAACGACCACCUGCUCAUGGUGGCAUUGAUCCUGCAUUUUAUUCGAGUCAGUAAGGAUGACGAGGAUAACGUGAAAUCGGAUCUGAUUUCCACGGAUGACGAAAAAAUGACAAUGUGGCGUCAAACCCUGGACGAUAUUGCAAAUAUGUUGGAGUUCUUGACUAUUAGGAAUGAUGCUGAUCAAUGGUGUAGCGUUUGGGGACGUCGUCUUCUCCAGGACAGGAUCGACGAUUGGGACACAUUCUACCGAAAGGGAGCAGCAACCUUGGAAGAAUUUGAGAUUUUCGAGGAAGACUUGGAGGCUUUGUGUGAAGAAGUUGGCGAACUGGUGGAUAAUGCUAUGAAGUUACUGUGAAAUGUUCAACAUUUUUUAAAAUUAUUAUACAUGUAAAUUUUAUUUCAUUCGUUUACCCUUUAUAAUCAUGGAAUUCAGGGAAUCCUUGAUAUUUUGUUAAAUCCGUAAGCUUUGUAAAAUAGAUUUACAAACUUUAACAAAAAAAGUUACUCUUGUGAAUAAAUUUUCAAGAAUUUGUAAACUAGUUUUCAUUAGAUAUACUGAUAAACCGUAGCAAAGGGGUGAAGUAACGCUGUCACUCAUCGUAUGUCAAACCCAUGUCCAUUUUUGAAAUCCUCGCCAAAACUAAGCGGUCAAACCAAAAAACUCGGCAUCUUUGACCGUUUACCUCAUCACCUUGGAGCCGUGACUUUAUGACCUACAACGCCCAUCUUCGAACUCAUCCGUACUUCAAAAAUUAGAAACAUGCUGGCGAAAAGCACAAGUCGAAAUUCCAAUCCGUUCUAAAUUUAGACGAAAAGUUAACUUUGAGACAUACGGACAGGAUAUUUCCAUAAGAGAUUUCGCAUCGCUUCAGGCCUUAAUAAAAUACAGUUUCAUUUGCUAUUAUAGUUUGUUCCAUGUAAUAAAUAAAUAUGUAUGUAGUUCAUCACUCGUAGCUACCUACGUAAAUAAGUAUUUACAUAUUUCCUCUGUGUACAUAUGUAUGUAUGUUAAGCUUAAUUAAUAAAUAGAGUGUGUCCAGAAAGUUUCUCCCUGUCAACCAGUAAUGAUUUUUAUUAUCUUACAAGGAAAGGGAGACUCAAAUGUUCAAAUUGCCAUAUUUUUUUUAAGUGGCGAGAAGGCUUAAUAUUUACCUUUGGGAUCGUGUAAUAGUGCCAAAGAAAUUGCAAAAUGAAACUUACAGAUGCAAAAGCUAGCAACCAAGCGCGAGUCAUCGGGAGGAACUUUUGGACACCCUCUACGUGCAAAUAUGUUUGCAUUUGUUUGAGAGGAUAAUAUUUAAACACGUGUAGAAUCCCAUUAUUAAGUACGUACAUACAUACGUAGAAAUUUGUAUGUAGCUCCUUUAAGCGAAGUUCUUCUUGCAUACUCCCAAAUAGUUUGAAACUCUGCUUUCAGACAUCGGAAAUUUAUCUGCUUAUCCAAACAAUCAUGUUGCUGUAAAUAUUUAUCAAUAUCCUGCCGAAAUCUCGAAUCAAAAUAUAUAAUUUAGAAAACAUGCAAAGUCACCUCAAUGUGUAAGUUUAAAUACAGACAUUAUUUCUCUCAUCAUAUUUACACUGCAGGAUAGGCAUCAGACACAAGGCAAAUAAACGUUCAUAACCUAAUUAUUUAUUUAUACUACCGGUUUAGAAAUAAAUAGCUGAAUGAAUUCUUUAAAUUAUAAGACCACGUAAACUUCAUAUACUCACUUUGAUGGCACGAUUAGCUUAAUUGUCGUUCACCAUUCAUUAAGCUAUUUAGAUAAUUUCCGGAUAAUUCGAGUGACAUAAUGUCGCAAAAUCUUCAACACAAUUUCACGGAUUCUAUCCGCUUGUUCAAAUUUGAACUUCUUAGUUCCAAGAUCCACCAUAUUAUCCCGUACUACUUCGACACCGUCUCACAAACGGUCAAAGUUUACCGCAAUCCUAUUCGAUUAUUUGUUUCCCGAUUACACUUGCUUAUCGUCGGAGGUCUUCUGACGCUAAUGUUGUCGAAUCUUUCUGCACCCCACACCAUGCAAAUAACUUCCUUGACGGACAAGAUACUUGGCGUCUACUUCUGGACAUGCAUGUUUUUCUUGUGGAUCAUGACGUGUGACAUUGAUCGCAAAAAGGAGGAGUGUGCCCUUUUGUGGAAUACGCAUCUCUCCUUUGAAAAAGAGUACUUGAUACGUAAGAGAAAUUUAUGAAAAAUUGAUCCUUAUUUAUUUGUAACCAUGAAAACUUUGUAAAUUUUACAAAUUCUUUUGUAAACCUUACAAAUUUAUUUAGCAAUUUACAAAAUUCUAGCCUUCCUGGAUAAGAACCGACCUAUCAAAAAACUUGGCAUUUUCAUGGGAAUCUUGUCCAUUUCAACAGCAGUCGGAGCACCGCUGUUAUGUUUGUUAAGAAUAUUAAUUGAUAAUUAAAAAAAACAUUAAAAAGGAUGAGAUUUAUUUUAGGUUGUGCUCUACUAAUUUACAAUCCUUGUAUGCCACCAUAUUUGGGAUUCGUAUUUUACAAGGAGGAUACAAAUCAGUGCAACCUUCCGGAAGGAUGCACUAUACCGAUGAUUCUUCUCUUAAUUGAUACAAGUGUCUUGUUUACCGUUUUUUCUCUUCCCCCAAUACACACGUUCCACGGAGUGUUUUCAGGACCCUUGUGCCUUGAUACGUAUAUCAAAAUGCUGAUCAGACGGAUUAAUUCCAUAUCCACUGACAUUUCGGACCAAUUGGACCUGGCAUUUCACAACUAUCGACAAAUCUGUAUCAUUGGUCGGAUGCAUAACGAUUUGUGGGGAAGUGUCUUGAUCCCGGCGAUUGUCUGCACUUCGUUUAUCUGUCUAACACUAGGAUUAUACGGCUGCAUCAUGCUUCACGAUGAUAUCGAGUGGCCAGGAUUUGCCGUAUUUAUUCUGGGACCUUUGGACGCCUGCUUUGUCAUCGCUGGGAUGGGAUUUGCAUCAAAUGUGUACAAAACUUCGACCGAGUUCAUCCAAGUUCUGCUGAGACGAAGUGGUUCAUUUUUCCGUGAUGAGGCAUCAAUUGGAGAGAGUCAUCGUCACCUGUCUCGAUAUUGCAGAAGGGUGGCACGGUCAUUACCAUGUAUAAAAGUUAGGCUGGGCUCCACCAAUUAUUUUGACAAAACGACACCAUUGAUAUUUACGGAUUUCUGCAUUUCACAAUUAGUGAAUAUAUUGCUCGUGUCUGCGUAAUGGUUCAGUAUAUAUGUAUUUUCGUAUUGAUUAAGAUAUAUGUUACUAAAUUACUGUUGGAAAUGUAUAGUUACGUACAUAUGUAUGUAUAAUUCGGAGAUUAUAAAUGUGUACAUAAAUCGAAACCUUUCGCUAUGAACAAAUAACAUUUUGACAUUGUAGAAUACGUAGAUUAAGGAUGAGCGUAAUUAGUAAUAUUGAACAUGUAAAUGCAUCCAUCUGUACCCAUGAGCUGUCAGAUGUGAGCUACGGGGGGUGAGGAUGAUGAUGAUGGUAGCGGUUGAGAGAGAUGCGGAAUAAGUGUUGACUCUACGAGUUGCCAAUGCAGAGUGAUCUUUAUUAUACGGGGUGUGAGUAUUAUAUACUGAUACAUCCACCGCCACGUUUUUGAAAUUUUUGUAUAUAUAAAAAUUUCGAAGCCAAUUUGAUAAUUACCCUAUGUAACUAAAUGUACAUAACAAUGGGCACACUAGUACUACUUAAAUGUUCAAAAACUAUACAAAUAUUAUCACUAUUCACUAUCUAGUACAGUUAUACAGUGAACACCCUGUAUACAAAUCUUAUGUGCUAAACUUAUGCAUAGAUACAUACGAAUAAAAAUGUUGCUGGUGUUGAAUCAACUCACUGCACUGCAUACCUGGGUGAUAAAAAAAACUCGCCAAACAAGUCUUAUCUUUUCAAUCGGUCGGCAGCAUCACUUCAACUGUAUCACAAGGCAAAACAGCACCAUAUGUACACUAUACAUAAUAAAGUUCUAUUCCUACUGCGAAUUAUACCAUGCUUAAAUAUCACCAUAUAAACUUACGUAGGCAUAUUAAGGUGUCCUUUAACUCACAAUUAAAUGUACAAACUGUUCGAUACACGCUCUAAUACAGCAAAGAACACUCAUCCCCACUGAAUUAUACAUAUUUAACACUAACACAAUCUUUGCAAUAACACCGGAACCCUGCAACUCACUCCGCAUCUUAUUAUUCGCAUCUUAUGUUCUAACUUACAGAUUAUUAACAACUCGUGCAUAAGUACUUAGAAAUAAUAAUCAUACAUACAUAUAUAUAGUGAAACCGACUUAUAAUGCACUAUCUACGUUAUAAAUUAUUGUAUACAGAGAAUUCAGACACGACUUGUUUCAAAGACAAAAUUAUAUGCAUAGGAAUCGUAUACUGCUUUCAUACUGGCAUAUAUUACAUUGCAUAGUAAAAUAAACAUCCAUACAUAUAUAUUACUAGCUUAUACAAGUUCUCAAGGCAGUUUAGUUGCUACCAAAAGUUGCAGUUGAGCACUUACAGCAUACAUAGUAGUUAGAUACUGAAGAAAUCCAUCGAUUCGUGAGUUGAACUCACCAAAUAAAUACAUUGUGUUUUAAUAAAUAAUCAAAAAUGGAAUAUCUAAAUUUGGUUUCAAAAGUGUACUUAAGUACUACUGCUACCAAUUACAGAGAAUCAAACGAAUAUUACGAUUUUUCACAGUCACACAAUUUGCUUAAAGUGUAGAAAUCAUACAGACAUACAUAAUGCUGAAUUCGUCAACAUUUAUCCAUGUGCUACACUCAAUAAUAAAUCCUGAUGGAACGACCCGACAUAUAUCUGGGUUUGAGACAAUUUUUAAGUACAUACAUACUUUAUAACUACGAUGUUGAUUAUUUAACUUAGUCAAUGAACUUCUAAUUUUUUUAUAAAUCACAUGCAUGGAAUCGAAUCAAGGUUGACAAAAAGCAGACAGCAUAUUUUAGAUAAGUGCAACAUAGUUAUUUAUGAGUUAGAAAUUAAUUUCAGUUGUUGGGACUAACUUACAGUUUGCGAAUCAUAGCUAAUUAAAAAAUUUUUUGUGAUUAGUUGCAGAAACACUGCGCGAUUGCACUCGCUCCUCUCUUCGUAAUAAUACGCAAUCCUCUCUCGCGUCUCAGAUGCAAAAGCAAAUGUUGCUGUCACUUCUUCUCGGAGCAGAACAUGCGUGAAAAAUGGGAUGAGUUUUGUGUCCAUCUGAACCCGGGCAAGACUAAACAUUCGUUUAUAAUUCGCUUAAUUAUCCUAACAAUUCAUAAUUUUUAAUUUACGUGUAAUACAUGUGUUCAUAAUAAAUUACAGAAUGCUCUCGACA